AUGAUCCUCGAUGAUGGAGGUGACCUCACCAAUAUGGUUCAUCAGAAAUAUCCACAGUACAUUCCUGGAAUCCGUGGACUCUCGGAAGAGACCACUACUGGUGUACACAACCUCGCUAAAAUGCUCGAAAAAGGAGAGCUCAAGGUAGAAGCUUUUAUGAAUUUAGGAAUCAACAUUUUGUUGCCUUUGGAUAACGGUAUCAGCAAUUCGAAUAAGAAGUCUUUGUUGGAAAAAUUCACUGAGUUCACUGUUUUAUCGUAUCUUCAUUUUAUUUAUUUUAAGAUCCCAGCCAUCAACGUGAACGAUUCCGUCACUAAGUCUAAGUUUGAUAACUUGUAUGGAAUUCGCGAGUCGCUUCCUGAUGGCAUCAAGCGUGCAACUGAUGUCAUGCUUGCUGGAAAGGUCUCGGUUGUUUGCGGAUACGGAGAUGUUGGCAAAGGUUCCGCCGCCUCUCUGAAAGCUUUCGGCUCACGAGUCAUCAUUACCGAGAUUGAUCCCAUCAUCGCACUACAAGCCGCUAUGGAGGGUUACGAAGUGACCACUCUCGAGGAGGCUGCCCCUAAAGCUAACAUUGUCGUUACGACCACUGGUUGCAAAGAUGUUGUGCGAGGACCUCAUUUGGAGUUGCUGCCCAAUGACGCUAUCGUCUGCAACGUUGGACACUUCGACUGUGAAAUUGAUGUCGACCGAUAUCUUUUGAAAAAUGGCCGUCACAUCAUCCUUCUUGCUGAGGGACGACUUGUAAACCUUGGUUGUGCCACGGGACACCCAUCAUUCGUCAUGUCAAACUCUUUCACCAACCAAGUGCUUGCCCAGAUCGACUUAUUUACCAAAUACGGUACUAAGGACCAGUAUCAAAUUGGACUGUACAUGCUUCCCAAGACCCUGGACGAGGAAGUAGCAGCUCUCCAUCUCGAUAAACUCGGUGUUAAGCUCACCAAGCUCACCGACGAACAAGCGGCUUAUCUUGGUGUUCCCAAAAACGGACCUUUCAAGCCUGACCAUUAUAGGUACUAA